AUGAAUAUUGCCGCAGUUUAUGUUCAGCGAAAGCGAGAUGGUUAUACCGUAGCCCGCUGGGAGCAGACGUGGCUCGCUCCAUCUGAAAGCAAGCACUUAGCCUGGCGCGUUGCAAACUACUUCGACCCGCGUAACGUACACGAGCCUGCAACGAGUAGGUUGGAAACACUCAUGGCAGAACAAGGCUUUGCUGAGUACGGCCUGGAGCACUUGGGUGCCGUGGGAGCCAACAUCAGCGCCUGGUCAAGUGGAGGCUACUACCAACUCUCCAACCGCCGACUCGCGGGGAGCUACCCAACUUACUGGCUUGACCCUUUCGAGCUUGCCGUGUCUGAAAACCUCGGUUUGACCGGUGUCGAUGCGGAAACUGGCAAACCAGUGGUUUCAGCGCUUCGUGUCUGUGUGCUGUGGGAGCGAGCGGACGGCCUCUCGGACACGUUAGCCGCGUACGACCUGCUCCACCGGGUGUCAGCGCUCGUUCGUCGAUACGAUCGACUAUUCCAGUCCGACGUUUUGACGGGAACAGACGCCUCUGAUCUAUCGGAGUCAGAUGAGGAGCUGACGGCGAGCGAGCUCGGACAACGCUGUCGUUUGAACUUGCUCCUGCAGUACUGUAUGCAGGGUGUAGAUAUGGCGGACGUCGAAAAAUGGGUCCAAAACGCUCCGCUUUGUCGAGAAUACGAUGGAAAAGCCAUGAAUGCGUGGCGAAGUCUCUGGGAACGAAAGGAACAGUUACGAGAGCGAGCAUUGGCAACCGGCAUCCUAAGUGCGGCGGAACUGAUAGCUAUAGAAAGCGCGAAGGCCACCGAGGCACUAAACUCUUCCCAGACACCGGCAGUGGCAUCAAAACCUUCGGAGGCAACACAGAAGAAGAAGCAUUCCCGAGGGAAAAGGCACAAACGAGACAAAGGAAGCAAGCAUGCCAAGGAAGCCUCACCAGCAGCAACAUCGUCACCCAAGGAGCAAACGGAUCCGUUGCAGACCAUUAUCUUCACACGCACUGCUUAUACGGAUGCAACGUUCAUGCAAAAAACGCGACAAGCAAUCGCUGAAACCCUCUUCGGUACAUCCCAUGUCCCGGAGAACGAGUGGAUGGAGGACUUCGCAUACGCAAAAGCGCUCGAUGUACCACCGGUGGAGGCUACCAUUGAUGAUUGGCUCGCCAUGCUGGAUGCCAAAGCCGCAGAGGAACGAGCAACAGCAGAAGCAGCAGCCGCAAUCAAACGAGUGAACUUGUGGCUUGUAGAUGAUGAAUUCCUCGAUCAGAAUCCCGGGUUAGCAGCGGAAUUGUUCGAGCGAGCACCCUAUUUCGAUGGUGAGCGCCUCCUGCAACGCGCAUACGAUGAAUCGUUCUCUGAGCGUGCUUACGCCUAUUUCCAGAACGUCUUUUACCUGUUGGAACGUGGUCAUUUUAAGGACGCUCUGGCGAUUCUCCAGGAUAACAUCAUGGCUGGUAUGGUGCGGCAACGCGUGCUUCGAACAAACCGCGUUCCGAGAGCGCCAGCGCCCGAUUCAGCGAAGACCGAAACCGAAGCAGCCAACACCUCUGCGCAGCAACGUUCUCAGUUUGAGACGGCAGCGGGGCAUUCGGCACCGCGGGAAGACGUCCUCACCAGCGCUGCAGGUGCCUCCACAGCUGAACGCAUGGACGCGCCACGGCAGGACGCUGAGCAGGCCAUUCACUUUGCCACGAUACCCCGAGGGGGCCAAACGCAGCCUCUCAUCGAGGAAGUCGACGAUGCGCCGGAAAGCGCUCCAAAGAGGGAAGCUCUGACGGCAUCGGAAUCGAUGCAACUUACCUCUACGGCGAUUAUCGAAGUGCUGCCCGAUGAACAGACCGACGCAGGGUCAGCGCCGGAGCGCCAGACAACAGCACAAGCAUUACCGGAUGUCGCGGGUGCGGCUUCAAGCGAAUCCCACGCACGAACGACCGGUACUGCAACGGAGAAACCGCACUCGGAACCGGAUUCAAACACCUGGGAGCAGAGUGGAACGGAAACUGGUGUGAAAGCAGGUUCGGCAUCGGAGCAGGAAUUUGGCAGCGACGACCAGAGCGGCAGGCAAGCUGAAGCCCCGAAACCACGGGCUCGUUUGGAAACCACGGAGGAGGCGGUGCACCCCCAGGUCUCCGGACUCGGAGAAGAGUCGCAGGAUUCGCUGCUAUCGGCUGGCGAACAUCGGGUUGCACACGAGCUGGUCAAGAAUGUGAUCGACGCGGCACUUGGAGACGCUGUCGACAACGUGUAUUCGGAAAACGCCACAUUGUCCGCAGUGCCGAUGCGAUCGGGUCUGAACGAGGCCCCGACUGCUGCUUCAGCGACCGUGGACACAGCCUUGGGGUGUCGGCGUUCCCGUUCGACACCGGACGGCGUUCAGGCAGCGUCUGAUGAGGGAUCGAUCACCGAAACGACUCCACGGGAAGGUGAUACCGUAAUCGUUCUUGCGCUUGAAUCUCAAACAGAAAGGAUUUCACUGACAAGAGACGAGAGCAGCGCUCUCGAUAAUGCAGCCACAGCUGGGGCGGUGUCGAUUCUUGGUGAUCGCGAAAGUCUUCAAGAGCAGCAGCUGGAGCGGAUGCCUCUACAAACAAUGACAACUACUGCGUACCAAACAGGUGCAGUUGACGGGAACGCUGCCAACGGGGCACUCGCAAUAGCGGACUCGAGUGCACAGCAGCGUACGGGUUCCGAGUCAUCAUUGCCGCCUGAGAGCGAAGGACCCGACCCUUCACCAGACCACAAACGUCUUUACCUUCUCGGUUGCUGGUACAAGCUCGCUCUCCACAUCCUCGAGAGAAUCACUUCACUCGACCGAAUAGCGACCGAGCAGCGUACGCGCUCCCGCCAGGGAGCCAACGUUCGCAUGUCUCCCGAAGACGAGCGGGCUCAGGCGCAUUUAAGCAACCUUUUGGCGUACCUGCCGUUGCUACCCAGGCAUCGUCAGGCUGCGGUCAAUGUGAGUAUUGAGAAAAACAUGCAGCUGGGCAAUUACGGCUACGCGAGAGGCUGGAUCGACUGGGCCUACGACCGGUUCCCUUUUGCGAACAGUGAAGCGACGCGUGCUCGCUACGAUCGUAUCCUAGAUGAAUGUGAGGAUGCAGCAUGGCAGAACGAAUACGUGGUCCCCGAACUUGAUCGACUGAUGGAGUACUACGGGCGUGGUGCUCUCAAACUACGCGAGUACCUCUUGCUUGCUCAAGAGGAGGUGAGCGGCCUCUGGAACCUGCCAUCUGAGCAGCAUUCAAGCGGAUCUGAGUCGUCGUCAUCGUCCUCGGGAACUGAAAGCGCAAACGAAUCCUCUAUUGAAGACGCAUCUUCUGUAGAAGAAGAUUUAGAAGGCAUCGUGCUCAGCGACACCUCCAGUGAUGCAUAA